AUGGCUGCUUUCGAUUCGCUGUACGGCCGUCGUAGAGCUGGAGAGGGGCCUCCCUUCUUGACGGUUGGUACGGAUGUCAGUGCCAAAUACCGAGGGGCUUUCUGUGAAGCCAAGGUCAAAGUGGUUAAGAAGUUGGUAAAAUGCAAGAUCAACUUCAAAAGUGGAACAAGCUGCAUAGUCAGUGAUGACCUUGUGAAAGGAACUCUUAAAAUUGGAGCAAAAGUAGAGGCUAAAAUGACUGAAAGUAGUCCUUAUGAAGAUGGAACCAUUAUGAAGCUAAAUGAUGCAAGUCUGUAUACAGUCGUAUUUGAUGAUGGUGAUGAGAAGACUCUACGGAGAACCUUGCUAUGUUUGCAAGGAGAGAAGCACUUCCAUGAAAGUGAAACACUAGAUCAUCUGCCAUUGACAGAUCCAGAGAACUUUGGUACUCCAGUAAUGAAAGACACCAGUAAAAUGAGGAGAAAGAGAAGAAUGAGUAAUCGUUCGCAGCAGAGUGAAGAAGAGGAAGAAGACGAUGAUGAUGAAGAAGAAGACAGCGACAGUGACUCUCCUAAGAAACAACGCAAGGAAGAACCAGAGGAUGCAGUGGGCAAGAUUGUCAUUGUAGAGAUGAAUGAAAAGAGGAAGAAUUCCUUCUUUCCUGCCCUGGUUGUUGAUCCAAGCUGCACUAAAGAUGUCCAGACGAAAGGAAAAGACUACAUAGUAGCCCGAUCAUUCAAAGACAACAAAUUCUACACCGUUGCCAGAUCAAGUAGGAAACCAUUCCUGUCUAAAGACCAUACUUACAAAGGAGAUGUAGCUUCUCUCAAAGCUGCCACUGAGAAAGCAGUAACCUUCAUCGAUACCGGUCAGUUACCCUCUAACUGGGAUAUGGAGAUGCUGAAGAAGAAGAGAUCCGGUAAGCAGGGUCAGGGUCCCUCAGAUGCAGAAACCAGCGAAGAUUCGUCCGAUGAUGAGUACGAUAUGGAAAAGGACGCAUGGCUGGCCUCGCUGCAUAAGUUCAUGGAAGAGAGAGGUACACCGAUCAACAAGCCUCCGGUCCUAGGAUUCCGUGAUCUCAAUCUCUACAAGUUGUACAAGCUGGUCCAGGAUCAGGGAGGCUGUCGUAAGGUGACUGACAGGCAGAUGUGGAGGCAUAUCAUGACCAAGAUGGGUAUUCCAGUCCCUGCUUCGCAGCAGCCAUACAACAUUCACACUUCAUACAACAAGUACCUCUUUGCAUUUGAGGAAUUCAACCGGAAGAUGGGCCCUGGACCUCGUGUCUUCACCCGCACCAGGAGGCGGUCGUUUGACCGAGGAGGCUGGAUAACCUCCCCGCCCAUCAUCAGCAGGCAACGGUCAUUGGUCAAACAAGGAAUCAAGGAUGAACCGAGCGAUAGAGAGGAAGAAACAGAAUCCCCCUCCCAGAAAAGGGUGACAAGGAAGAAAGGAGAGGAUGCCGGCAAAUCACAGGAACAGGAAGAGAGUAAACGAGAGACGCGGGAAGCCAAGACAAGAUCCAAGGAAAUAGAUAAAGAGGAAAAAGACUCGAGCGACCGAGAUGAAAAGAAAUCGGGGAAGAAGUCGGUUAAAGAUGAUAAGGUGAAGGAUAGAGGGAGCAAGGAUGGGAAAGACAAGGUCAAGGACAAACCUGUAAAGGAAGACAGUGUGAAGGAGAAAGUCAAGGACAGGUCCGCCAAGGCUGAUAGUGACAAGAUCAAGGAUAGGUCAAAAGACACGCCUUCAAAGGACAGCGACGAGAAGAUAAGCGAGAAGGCGAGCGAAGGAAAAGGCAAACCGAAAGAUGCAAAGGGAAAGGAAGAGAAGGGCGAGAAAUCGAAGGAAGAUAAAAAGAAGGAGGAGAAGGCAGAGGAGAAACAGACAGAAGCGAAAGGGAAGGAGAAGGAGAAGCAGGUGUCGAAAGGGAAGGAAAAGAAAGGCAAGGGCAGUGGAAGAGACGAUGAGACAACCAGCCCAACUCCACCCCCACAUAUCACUGGUGCUGGCUAUGAGGUUGGCGAGAGGGUCCUUGUGCAUUAUGGGAGAGGAAGAACAGAGAAAAUAUAUGAAGCUAAGGUUGUAGACAUUGAGCUGAAGGGCAAGGACCACGUCUUCACUGUCCAUUAUACAGGCUGGAAUAACAGAUACGACGAGGCUGUCAGGAAGGCUCGCAUUGUUGGCUCUGCUGAAAAGAAAAAGAAAAAACUAACUCCGAAAGGGAAACCUGAGAAAGAAAAGUUAAAAAAGGAUGCCGAGAAGAAAGAAAAGGAGGAACAACAGAGGAAGGAAAGGGAGGAGAUGGACAGAAGGGAACGAGAAGAGAAAGAGAGAAGAGCGAGGCAGGAACAAGAACAGAAGGAAAGGGAAGAAGCAGAAAGGCUUGAAAAGGCAAGAGCUGAGAAGGAGAGGCAGGAGAAAGAAAGGCAAGAGAAGCUCGAAAAGGAAAGAAAGGAGAAGCUGGAGAAGGAGAGACUCGAAAGAGAGCGGAAAGAAAGGCAGGAAAGGGAAAAGAAAGAGAGACUGGAAAGAGAGCGGCAGGAAAAGGAACUGAAGGAGAGACUGGAGAAGGAGCGGCAGGAGCGCGAUAGGAAGGAGAGGCAAGAGAAGGAAAGGAAAGAGAAACAGGAAAGGGACAGGCGAGAAAAGGCGGAGCGAGAGAAGAAGGAGAAGGAACGAUUGGAGCAGGAGAAGCAGGAAAAGGAGCUAGCAGAAAAGGCUAAGGAAGAGAAAGAACGGAAGGAGAAAGCGGGAAAGGAAGGGAAGAAAACACCUAGCGGAAAGAGGGGUCGCCCUUCACUCAACAAGUCAUCUCCUGCCCCUCAGACUCCUCCAAGGACCACUCCAUCUGCAAGAGGGAAAUCCCCAUCACCUGCUUCAGUCUUCUCACAGAGGUCCAUGAGAUCAGAUAGGAAAAGUCUUACAGAAUCUCCAUUUGCAAGUGGACUCAACGUUCGAUCUCGAUCUAAACGAUCAUCAACUGGGGAAUAUAGAAGAGGCGCCCAAGAUGAUUCAGACAGUGAAUUGGACGAGUUAGAUGCUCAGUCUGAGAGCCAGCAGUCUACUCAAGACAGUGAAGACUCCCAGCUCAAAGACACCAGUGCCCAAGAGCCGGAGGACCAUGACGACAAUGAGUCAACAAAGACCGAGGAUUAUGCUGCAACUCUGACCAAAGUCAGCGAAGAGAAGCCAAGCUUUGAUGACGAUUUGGACGAAGGACCCCCGACCUUGACAGCAGAAGUGGCACCAGAGUCCGUAGAAUCCAGACUGCAGGAAGUCGAAUCGGAAGCACCGAAGGUGGAGGAAGUCGACAAGGUGAUUGUAGAGAAAGAAGGAAGGUCGAAGACAAAGAAAGAAUCUAAGAUCCGGCUGAGGAAGUCGAUAGACAAGGAGAGAGAUGGGAAGGAUUCGGCAAAUGAAUCAUCUAAAGGAGACAAGGUCACUGGGAAGGAUGGUGUCAAAGGCAACAAUGAUGCUGAAGAUGUGAAGGAGAAGAUAAGUGAUACACCGGUCCUUGAAAGGCAGAUUUCUAUGGAAGAUGAACUGAAAGAGAAGUUGGAGGAUUUGAAACAAGAGAGCAAAGGUUCAGCAUCAGAUGCUGAUAAACCAACGGAGAAGAAGAAGGGUAGGAGGAAAGGAAGGAAGAGCCUGGAAAGUAGAAAGAGGAGCAAACCACAGGCAGAUGUUGUAGAUAUCUCUGAGAAAUCAGAAGCCUCAGAGCCAUCGGAACCAAAGAAGAAACACGCCAAGAUUGACAGGAGGAAAUCCGAUAAAGGAGGGAGGAAGUCCAAGGUACAGGAGACCAAAACACCUGCUGAUAAUACAGACAGUGACUUUGGGACCAGCUCCAUCGAAGACAAAUCCAUUCCAGGAACCAGCAAAUCUUUCAUGACAACUCCACCUACUACUCCAGAGAGUUCUCCAAAGAUGCCGUCUUCUCCAGCUUGCGAAGAAGAUCUUCAGAUGAAGACAGAAGAGCAGAGCAGCAACAAGAGCGACAGCGACGCCCUGAUAGAGGUAGCCAGUAUUGACGACAGAGAAAUGACCGAGACCAGAGAGAAUAGUAGUACUCCACUUGCCAGCUCUGCACCGAAGAAAGCCACAUCAUCAUCCCAGCAGGCUUCACCGAAGAAGAGGCGGAGGGGUCUGUCGGAGUCGGAACACACCAAGAAACGCAGGAAGCAUGGCAGGAGGCGGCAGUCGUCUAUCUCAGAGAGGAGGAACUCUGCCAAGGAACGAGGCAAUAACAACAGCAGCGACACUGAUGAGAGCAGGUCAGAGAGUAGAUUGACCUCAAGCUCGGCCAAGCAUCAUAUGUCACUCAAGAAAUAUGCAAGGGCUUUGCCUCCAUCAAGGGUAUCUGACAGUGGCGGACAAGAGGGCAAUCAAAAACAGCGAAGAUGGAAUUUCCUAGUUGAUCUGAGCACAGUAAAGGAACCGGAUGAGAGGAUAGCCAUCAUUCAGCAUCAACUAUCAGAACUACGUUCAGUCUACUUACAGCUCAAACAAGAAGUGGCUACUAUUGACAGGAGGAGAAAAAAGUUCCGCAAAAAGGAGAGGGAAGCUGCUCAAGUCAUGGCUGGUGUUGCACUAGGUCACUGCCUGUCCCAGGGUCAAGAUAGGAUGGAGUCUGGUGGUGGAUCAUAGCAACAAGCCCCGCCCCUUUUCUACCAAACCCCCUUCCAAGCCGAGCCGUCACAGGUGACAGUACAGUAUGCAGGGUCAGUGAGGAAACCUCAGUAUUAAAAUUCAUUGUGUCCAACGAGAGAGUGAAUCUGCAUUCAUCGAUUGCAUUAUAAUAGAUGCGAUUAUACAGAGAUGGUAUUCAUGUCGUGAUAUUCCCAUCAACACUUCAAUAUGGGGAGCAGUCCAUGAAAACAAACAGUCCGUGCUUUUUACCGACUUUUUACUUACAAGCUACUGAAAUUCUUCCAUCUGCUUCAUUGGCUCAGAGUAAAUUUGUCUUUGAAAAUCACUGACAAACUUACUUAAUUGUAAAACUUCGCUAUGAAUAUUUGAAAACAAAAAUAUUAAAUAAUGCACAAUAAUAUUUUUGUAGACUGGAUCUCAAAUCCACAUUUUAUUUUCAUAUGAACAUGCUAGCUCUUGCUAAUGCACAUGCUGGGUUUGCAAUCAUUACCCCUCUCUAUUUUUAAAAAUAAGACAAUUUUGAAUAAGAUAAUAAUGGGCUGAAUAUUUAAAUAGCCACUUCAUGAGACAAUUGAAAUUCAGUCAAGAUGGAACUCACCGAGUCCAUCACUGAUUUCAAUUUUGGUGUUGGUGUUAAGCAACAUAAACAUGAGACAUGACACGUAAUGAGGCUGGUGUUAGUGUUGUCUCUCAUGGGUCCAUGGGUGAUUAGUGCAGUCUACUGUGCUCUUGUGAAAAUAGAUUUUACAAAAUCAAACAUUCCAGCACUGCAUCAUCAUUUUACGUCAGAAAAAUAGGAAUUGAACUCCAGUUUGAAGUACUAUGGAAAAGAAGUGGGAUGUCUAAGAUUAAUGUUGAUUAAUCUUGAUUCAUCAGAUAUGAGCAAGACAAUGCUGCUGUUUUUUACAGCAUUCAUUUCAUACAUGUUUAUGCAAGUCCCUCUUUCGGCUACUUGUUUUUCACAACAUUGGAACAUUCAGCUUGUCAAUUAAACUCUCAUGCACUUUCUGUAUUGGGGUAAAUAAUGAAUAAUUCUUAUUUCUUUAAUUCCAUAGACUGAGCUACAUAUUACAUGAAAAUCAUAUAAUCUAACAUGAGUAGAUUUAUUUCAAAUAAGUUGAGAGGACCAACAAAUUUGCAUUUUACAGUCAAUGGUUUAUAUCUACAUUUUCUCAUAAAAGCCAUCAGAUAGGUGACAUCUGUUUAUCAUAAUUCACUUUAAACUACCAAUCUGAAGUUAGGUAUACCGAACCAUAUCUUUUGUUCUGCGCUUUCAUUGUGUAAUGAUGAGGUAUAGAAUUGUAAAGGGUACUGCAUAUCCUUGUGCAUCAAUGCUACAAAUGCUAGUUUAGUGACAAUGACCCAUGCAUAAGCCUAUCCCUUAUUUAAUUUGAUUUGAAUGAGGAUUUAAUGUUUGUUGAGAGACAAAGUGAACUGAUUGCAUGGUGUGCUUCCAUGAUUGUGCCACCGUCACACUGGCGAAACCCAACUCCUGACCACCACAGGAUAUUAAUUGUGUAAUUAUCAAUGGAUACAAUUUGGUCGGUGUGACUGUAGCCAGACUGCUGAGUGAUCCACCUAGUGGCUUUGAUUAGCAUCUUGUCUUUGUCUUGUUAUAAAUUCAGUAGGCGUGUUCAGACCGCCUUGAAGUUCGAGAAUACCAGGUUUUCUCAGAUUGGGACAUUUACCCUGAUCUACCUCGAACAGAAUAUACCAGGUAUUUUUGCCAAUGUGAAGGCAAAUUUAAGUGUAAUAUCCCUGAAAGAAAAAUACCUGCUAAAUAGUAGGUACUUUGCUGAAAUUACAAUAAUUUUCAUAGGGAUUUUCCAGGGUCGUAGGUGUUUUGGCAGUGUGAAAGCAAAUUGCGAGAAGUUGGGGGAAGGUGCUGUGGGCUGCUAAUCUGACCAUACUGCGCAUACUUAAAACUUUCCCUCAACACGAAACGGUCUGCUUUGGGUUGGUGUGAAUGCAGAAAAUAAUUAUCGGGUUCGUUGAGGGCUGAACAAAUGCUUGUAAUUUAACAGGUAUACGAGUCGAGGCGGUCUGAAUACACUUAUUGUGUGUUUUCUUUGCACCAUGUCAAGGAGUUUUCGCUACACUACACACGAAAGCAUGUGCACUAGAAUGAAAGCAAAGUGCCUCCUUAAUUGUGCCAAAAAUGACGUGGAUUUCACAGGAGAUGGUCCAUUCUUCCAGUUUUAAAUGUAAUAAUUAAUAUCGGAAAAUUUAUGCUGUUUUGAAAUGAAAUACUAGAGUUAGGUGAACUGUCCUACUGAUGUGUAAGACGUUGUCCCCAGUUUUCACUAAGAGUUGAGAUUGGUCCAAUCAAUCAUGAAGGCCUGAAUUCACAAAGGUGGUUUUUAAAACCAUCGGUUGAACCCAUGAUUUAUGCAGAUUUCCUGUAUAAAUUACGCUUAUUUACUGCGCAUAUUAAAAAAUGUCCAAUGCUUAUGCGCGCAUUAGUCACAGUGCAUCAAAUUGAUGGACUCAUCAAGAACUAAGUGGACUCAUGAAUAAAAUAUAGUACUUAACCCUGGCAACAUGCCUCAAUUUGGGGCACUGUGACAAAAGCGCGCAUCAGCAUUAGAUAUUCUUGAUAUGCGCGGUUAAUGAGCGUAAUUUAUACAGGAAAUCUGCAUAAACCAUGGGUUCAACCAAUGGGCUUAAAAACCACCUUUGUGAAUUUGGACCAAAGAGUUGUGAUUGGUCCAAUCAAUCACAACUACGAAGAGCGGGCAAGGCUGACAUCUAGAAUACAUACAUCUGCUUAAAUAAGAUGUUUGCCCAUACGUGCAUCAUUGUCUUCAAUACAAAACUGUGUUUCCAAAAGGAAUUCAUACUGUACAUAUGAAGAAUUUUGACACCCAACGAUGGGAUUUCUGGAUAUGAGAUUGAUAGGAUGAAUCGCAGCUCUUUGUGAAACCGGGCCCUGAUGAGGUUUGUUAUGCUGUUGUAAUUACUAUGUGCUGCAAGUCAGAGUAGUAUGUGAAGUUUUGAAGUGAAUUUAUAGUGGGAAUACAGUAUGCAAUUAAAUAAAUGUAAGCAUUGUUUAGUGAAUGUAGAUGAUACAGAAAAAUAAUGGAUUUUACAAUAUGCUCUGAUUAAUUUUAUAUUACAGUUUUGUGUUAAAUUAGUUUCGUUUGCAAAGAUAUGGACUUGGUGAACCACCAAUUUUUGUUGAAUGUAACUUACAUGGCAACCUGCAAUUUAACGCAAUCAAAGUUUUGAUAUUAAUGAAAAGGUGCAUUAAUUAGGGAUGUGGGCAAAGUGGAGGCGAUAAUGAGUAACUUUAUUACUGUAAUUAGAUAUGUGGAAUGAUUAGAUCAAUUGUGACUCGAACUAGCAAUGAAAUACCAAUUUGAAAGCAUUGAAAUAUAAGCAAGUGAUUUUUGUUGAUUUUGCCUUUUUAUUUUUCGACUGAAUGAACCCAUACAUAUGAAAUUAAAUUCUCCUUCCCUCAUUUAGUGAAUAUACCCAUACAUAAGAUAUUAAAUUCUCCUUCCCUAUUUGUGCAUUCUUUUCCCCUGUUGACACCGUUUCUUUCUUUUGUUUUUAAUUAUUUUCUUUACUUUGUACUUUCCUCUUAUAGUCAAAUCCUUUCAUUGAUACCCCGUGCAUUCCUUUGAUAAAAAUUUUUUCAAUCUCUUUUAGGUAUUUGUCAUGAAAACAUGCACUGGAUUCUGGGAAGUAAAUGGAAUAAAUGAUAUUAAAACAUUUUUUUAAACAGUUCUUAGUGAUCAGAUUAGCAGAUUAUUCACGUUUUUUUUUUUAUAGAUAUCCAGCAUACAUCACAAAAUUUAAUAUUUUUAAAAGCAUUCAUAACAAGAGACCUCCACACAAACUUUGUUGUAUGUUUGUGUGCGUGUUACUAUGUAUGUGUGUGCUUUUUGCCUGACUUUGCCAAAUAUGACUUAAAGGGUGAUAGAAAAGCUUUUUUUUUUCUCUCUAAAAAUUUUGAUGAAUUUGUGAAGUACGUCCUAUCUUGAGAAGAGAGCUUCAGGCCUGCCAAAUAGUAUUUAUUUUGCGUCAACUGAAGGAAAUAUUGAUGAAUUUUAUCAAGUAUGUUGUACAUGUACAAAGUUUCAUGUGAAAAAGGCAUGAUUUGUUCAUUGGCAUUGCUGCUGUAACUAUGUUUUAAAAUGUACAAGAUAUCCAUGAGUUUGAUUUAUCAAUUUUUUGAAUAUUUUCUCAUUCAGAUAUGAAUUAAGUGCAAGAGUGUAUUGUCACGCAUCAAAGGAAUAUAGAGAGCUUUUGUUAUUUUUUUUCUGUAUGUUAUGUUACAUUGACUGUAGAGAAACAUAUUCCCCGAAAUCAUAUAUUGUGGCAUUAUUUGUCUGGUUUUUAUUAAAUAUGACAGUAAUGACAAGAUUGGUAUUUUUUACACAAUGCAACCUGCGAAAUUGAAAUUAACUUAUACGUGUAAAUUUCCCUGUUUAUAAAUAUAAUUGUGUUUUUUUUUCUGCAUGUAAAUUUUCAAUAAAUUCUUGAAAUACUUUUAGGUGUUGGCAGGUCGCUGGCAAUAAUGAAUAUUCUUACGUGUUAAGUUGAUUUAUGUAUAGAUUGAAUUUUUGAAUGCAUUGUAUAGCUGUACAAAUAGAAUAUUAUGCAUAAAUUGUAAA